UGCGCACUGAGGGCGGCCUGGUCCUUUGCGGCGGCGGCUGAAGAGCCUGGAGGCGGCUCUAGCACCUGAUCUGUCCGCCCUUCGCCGCCCGGUCUCGGCUGUUCUCGGCUCGGCAAGGCUCGGCUCCUCCUCAGUCCUCCCGAUCCUUUGCAGCUCGGCCUCCGCCGCCCGCCUCCGCCGCCGAAAUGAUGAUGAUGGCGCUGAGCAAGACCUUCGGGCAGAAGCCCGUCAAGUUCCAGCUAGAAGACGACGGAGAAUUCUACAUGAUCGGCUCUGAGGUGGGAAACUACCUCCGUAUGUUCCGAGGUUCUCUGUACAAGAGAUACCCCUCACUCUGGAGGCGACUAGCCACUGUGGAAGAGAGGAAGAAAAUAGUUGCAUCGUCACAUGGUAAAAAAACAAAACCUAACACUAAGGAUCAUGGAUACACAACCCUGGCCACCAGCGUGACACUGUUAAAAGCUUCAGAGGUGGAAGAGAUUCUGGACGGCAAUGAUGAGAAGUAUAAGGCCGUCUCCAUCAGCACGGAACCCCCCACCUACCUCAGGGAACAGAAAGCCAAGAGGAACAGCCAAUGGGUGCCCACCCUGCCCAAUAGCUCCCACCAUCUGGAUGCUGUGCCCUGCUCCACGACCAUCAACAGGAACCGCAUGGGCCGGGACAAGAAGAGAACCUUCCCUCUGUGCUUUGAUGACCACGACCCAGCUGUGAUCCAUGAGAAUGCCUCCCAGCCUGAAGUGCUGGUCCCUAUCCGGCUGGACAUGGAGAUCGACGGGCAGAAGCUGCGAGAUGCCUUUACUUGGAACAUGAAUGAGAAGCUGAUGACUCCUGAGAUGUUUUCAGAAAUCCUCUGUGAUGACCUGGAUUUGAACCCUCUGACAUUUGUGCCAGCCAUCGCCUCUGCCAUCAGGCAGCAGAUAGAGUCCUACCCCACAGACAGCAUCUUGGAGGACCAGUCAGACCAGCGUGUCAUCAUCAAGCUGAAUAUCCACGUGGGAAACAUUUCGCUGGUGGACCAGUUUGAGUGGGACAUGUCAGAGAAGGAGAACUCACCAGAGAAAUUUGCCCUGAAGCUGUGCUCAGAGCUGGGGCUGGGCGGGGAGUUUGUCACCACCAUCGCGUACAGCAUUCGGGGACAGCUGAGCUGGCAUCAGAAGACCUAUGCCUUCAGUGAGAACCCCCUACCCACGGUAGAAAUUGCCAUCCGGAACACAGGCGAUGCUGACCAAUGGUGCCCACUGCUGGAGACUCUGACAGACGCUGAGAUGGAAAAGAAGAUCCGAGACCAGGACAGGAACACAAGGCGUAUGAGGCGUCUUGCCAACACUGCCCCAGCUUGGUAACCAGCCCGUCUGCGCAUGGCUCCCACGGAGCAUUGAGAAGAUCGGACCGCCUCUCCUUCAUCUUCUGGCAAGGAGGGAGGCAAAGGGGCAGGCCGGGGCCAUCCUGAGGAACAUGGGGUGUGGGGAGGGCUUCUGGUCAUCCUUCCCUGGGCACAUUCCAUUUGUUGAGCCCAGUCCCCAUCCAAGUCUCUGGUCAGAAAGAGGCCUCGUUUUGGGUUAUGUUUUGUUUUUGUAUAGGAGCCCCAGGCAGGGCUAGCAACACUUUUUAAAUAAAAGACAACAGGUCAUGUUCCA